AAUGAUCAACAAAGUACACGUUAACUGACAGACGUGUCGGCUUCGUAUUUUCAUCAUAUUUCCUCGUUUAACUUCAGCUAAUUUAUUUCUUCUGCUCUCAAGUUAUUGAAGAGGUCUCGAAAUUCGUCUCUUGUGAACAAUUUCAGUUAAGAAGGAAACUUUAUAUUGUUAAAAUGGGAAAUGUCUUCGCAAAUUUAUUUAAAGGUCUCUUUGGGAAGAAGGAAAUGAGAAUAUUGAUGGUUGGUUUGGAUGCUGCUGGUAAAACCACAAUUUUAUAUAAACUUAAAUUAGGAGAAAUUGUUACUACAAUCCCCACUAUCGGGUUCAAUGUUGAAACUGUAGAAUAUAAGAACAUUAGUUUUACUGUAUGGGAUGUAGGUGGCCAAGACAAAAUCAGGCCAUUGUGGAGACACUACUUCCAAAACACACAGGGCCUAAUUUUCGUAGUCGAUAGCAAUGAUAGAGAGCGUAUAGGCGAAGCUAAAGACGAACUGAUGCGCAUGCUGGCAGAAGAUGAACUCAGAGAUGCUGUAUUACUUAUAUUCGCUAACAAACAAGAUUUGCCAAACGCAAUGAACGCAGCAGAAAUCACCGACAAAUUGGGUCUUCAUUCGUUGAGAAAUCGUAACUGGUACAUCCAGGCAACUUGUGCGACCAGUGGCGAUGGGCUCUACGAAGGUCUAGAUUGGCUCUCCAAUCAGCUCAAGAACGCCCACCAUUAGUACAGUGUUUUCUUUCAAUCACAUUGAUGUGAUUGUGUAUCAGACUUAAGUGUUACUUUACCAUAUGUUGCAAUUCGACUGUUUUCCUCCAACCAAUCACCCAUUAUCUCCUUACUGUUUGCCAACAUACUUCCUUGGUCAAUAAAUUUAUUAACAUUAUAGUUAGGCCUUUUUCUUUCAUUAACUCUAGUGCAUGUGUAUGUGGUCAAACAGUAUGCUUAGAUUAACUUUAGUUUUAUUCACUAUCGUAUUUUAUAUUUAUUUUGGUAAUGCUGAUUUACGUUGUACAUCUUAGGUUUUGUAUAAGACACUUGUACAGUCUCUAUUUGUAUUAAUAAAAUCGAUUGAAAAGGUAUGUCUGUAACAUAUGGUAGGUUCCCUGAUUUUUUCACUGAUGGGCAAGUUAACGUACAUUUUUCAUUUUAAAUAACUCGAUAGUAUUGUUUUAGUAUUUGCUCCUUUCAAAUCAGAGAAAAAUGUUAUUCGAUCUAGAAGUGUGAAUAUUUUGUAUACUACAUUAAACCCGAAAUUGGUGGAUUUUGCGUAACCCCAAAUUCCUAGGGAAAUUUGUAUUUCCAUCAUUUGUCAAUAUAUAUGUCACUUUCAGCAUUUUACGGUGUGGAUUCCUGAAUCUGCCAUUUAUAAACUAAAAGAUCGAUUUUUUACAUAUUUGACAUCUUUGAGAGUUAUUUAUAAUAAUCAUGUAUGCGAUUUUGUGCCCCACAAAGAGCUUAGCUCAAUGUAAGGUUAUCUCGUUGUUCAAAUUGGAAUUAAGAUUAUUUAAACGUUUGAACGAUCUCUGGUAGUUUGCCUUCAUUUCAAAAUUCCGAUUACUCAAGAACAUAGCAUAUAUUGAUGGAGUGAUUUGUUUGAAUUAAAAUUGAAUUGUAUUAUUUCGGCUGAUUCAGUUUCGUUGACAUUCCCGUUUAUAAUGCUGUAUUUCAAAUGGAUAUAAUAUUGAAAUUAUUGUCUAUAAUUUAUAUUAUGCAUAAUUAAAUUGUAUUCGAAA